UAUGCUUUGCUCUGUCCUGCAGAAUACCGCUUCCCUCUGGCUCUUUCUCUCUCUAAAAUACCAUUCCCUUGCCCUCUCUCUGUCUCUCUCUUAUUCAUGUUUCACUUCGUCGUCUUCAUCAGUCAUCAACAUCACACCUGAUCAGAAGCGCUUUACUACUUUUUUUUUUUCUUUUCCUUCCGUUUAUCUCUGAACUUGGAGGAAGGAAGCAGAAACUAUGGAGUUCUUCUUGGAAAUCUGCUUAACUGCUAUUCUUUCACUAACCUUUGCAUUCUUCCUCUCCAAGCUUCUUUCAAUGGUGGAUGGUGAUGUUGACGAUCAGGACUCUGCGUCAGGAUUACAGAAGAAUUUUGAUGUUGGAGUUGUUGAGGAGGAGCGAGUGUUUGAAAGAGAAAUGAAGAAUCUGAGAUUGGAAUCUCAAGAAAGAGUUGAAUUUGUCGGUGAAGCUGUGAAGGUCGACGAAAUUCAAGCUGAUUUGGUUGAAGAAAAGUUGGAAAAGGUGGAUGAAGGUUGCGAACCGGUUGAGUUUCGUGAGGGUGAUCAGAUUGCUGUACAUGAGGAAGGUUUGGAAGGAGUCAAGGCUUCUGAGUGCUUUGAAGAUAAGUUCGUCGAGGAGAGGCCUCAAAAGGAGGAAGUUAAAGCAGGUGAUGGUGAUUUAGGUGAGGUUGAGAAAGGAUUUACCUCCAACAAGGAUGAGAGCACGCAAGACAAUUUGGUUCAAGAAAGGCCUGAGACCGGAGAGGUUUCUGAAAUUAAUAGCGAAUUGGCAGAGGACGAACAGAUGCCUGUGGAGAAUGAAGAUAUUGGGGUUUUCGGGUGUCAAAGCUAUAAGGAAAAUAAAAUUGAGGGAAGGGAGAAAAGUGUACUAAAUGAUGAAAAGGCAGGAAUGUCUAGCGAUGAGGAUGACUGGGAGGGGAUCGAACGAAGUGAUCUGGAGAAUCUUUUUGCUUCUGCUGCAGCUUUUGCUGGAUCUUCGGAUAACACUGAUCGCUUCUCGAAGGUUGGCAGUGAUGUGCAGAUGCAGUUGUAUGCACUCCACAAGGUCGCCAUGGAAGGGCCUUGCCAUGAACCUCAACCGAUGGCAUUGAAGGUCUCUGCCCGUGCAAAGUGGAAUGCUUGGCAGCAGUUGGGGAGCAUGAAUCCGGACGUGGCCAUGGAGCAAUAUAUCUCCCUUCUUUCAGAUAGGGUCCCAGGGUGGAUGGGAGAAAAUUCUGGAGGUGGCAGGGAUUCUGUGGAAGCUGGAAUAUCCGGCACAAAAGCUCCUGAUUUAAGCGCAGAUGUACUUCAUCAACAUGGUUUGGAAACUGAAAGGAAAGCAGAAGAGCAUCAAUCUUCUGUUGAAGGAGUUGAUGCCAUUGGGGACCCAAACUUGUUGAACAUGGACAAAUUAUGACAGCACUAAUCCAAUGUGGUGGCCUGCCAACAACCCCAGGAGACAUUCUCAUGGGCUUUUCCUGAUUGGAAACAGGGCUAAUCCCAAUUAUAGAAGUAUGGGAGUUUCAAGUUUGUUCGCAGGCCUGGAGGCUGUUAUGCUGCUUAUACAAAGGUUGCAGUUGCCCUAAAUAAUAUUAUUAUCAUGUUUUUAGGGGGUCAAGAUAAUUCAUAUUGUGUAUAUAUGCAUCUGGUAUUCGUUUGGCAGACUGGUCCUUGUGUAGUUGAAGAAAAAUAAUAACAUUUACGUGGACGUAGUCUUUAUUUA